CUUGUCGUGAUAGUCACUCAUCACUUGUUGCAGCAGACACAAUAUAUUUAAAUGGCAUCUUUAAUUAACUUAAAGCAAUUUCCUAGCGGCGGGGAAUUCCGCCCCGACAAUUUUAUGCCUGCUUUGAAGCAUUAUCCAUCGAUCAAUUUAAAUAGAGAACUGCUCAAUACCAGCAAUACGGCUCAUUUUAACGUUGGCGAAAUCUUCAUACCGGUCGAAAGCGAGAGCGUGCUAAAGCGCAUUUCGCGCACUUUCUUUGAGAGCGGCUUCUGGAAAGCGUUGGAUGAGGCGCGCAGUGCAAGAGCGCGCGAACAGUCGCCGUUGAUUAGCACCACAGCUGAUUACUUUGCACAUUUGCUGGAGCUCUACAGGAGACUAAAACUAGAAGUAUUCCCCCACACACAGAAGCUAAGCGCGGAACGCAUUGCACAAUAUGCUGAAACGAGAGACUGGAUACACAGCGGUAUUCGCUAUAUUGCCUGGCACACCCAUCUUUUCAAAGUGGCAGUUGCUGGUGUCGACGAUGUUGUGCGAAUUUACUCUAAGAUUACGGACAAAAACGCUGGCAUAGGGCCAGUACUGAAGAGCCCAACACAGACCCAAAUCACAUGCAUGGCCUGGCGGCCGCUGUGUGCUUUUGAGCUUGUGGUUGGCUGUCAUCAGGGCUUGUGCUUUUGGAUAAUUGAUAACAAUAUGCACCUGGGCAGGAGCAUCAAUCCCAGUCAUACAUUCAAACAUCCUUCCAAUUUGCCCAUCUCUUCGCUACAAUGGAACAAGGAUGGCACAUUGCUGGCCACAGCAUCACUUGGUGAUAGAGCUAUACUUAUAUGGCACGCGGACGAUGGCAAGAUACAACCACUUAAGCGUUUAGGUCCACCAUCCUCGUUGCUUAGCUGGUCGCCGGACAAUGAUCAUCUGAUUGCGAGCACCGUGGGUCACGUGUUUCGCAUGUGGGAAUGCUACGAUCGCUGGAAAACAGAACGCUGGGUAUGCAACAGCGAUAGCGUUCAAUCCACCUGCUGGUCUCCAUGCGGACGCUUUCUGCUGUUCGUGGCUACUAAAGAUCCAAUUUUAUAUUGCAUACGACUUGUGCAGCUGCAUAUUAAUCCGUCGAAAUAUGAUAACGAAGUGAUGCCAAUUGCUGAUCUGAAUGCAUGCGUCCUGAAUGACAGGAGUAACACGCUCAUCGGCGGCCCAGCCCAACAGCUGGCAAUGGACCCGCUUGGUAAAUAUCUCAUAGUCACCUUCAAGUCCACCAAUUACAUUGCCGUUUUCCGCACGUACAUUGGGCAGUACGAGUUUGAAAUAUCGGGUGGUCACUAUUUAAGCGGUGAAUCGGCGGACGAGUACCCUAGCUAUAUUUGCUUUCAGCCAUUGAACAUGGAUAAUGAUCGGUCUGUACUGACCAUUGGCUGGUCAGGCGGUCGAAUACAGUUGUAUGUCUUGAAUUGAUUAAUUGCCAACAAAGUGUUUAUCAUAGUAUUUAUUUGCAUGUAUUUGGUUCUUAUUAGCGUUAAUAAAGGUACACAAAUUACGUAUUAGAA